AUUCCGCAUCAAAUUUCUAUGGUCCUUAGGGUUUCCGUAAGGGUACUCCCGUCUUCUCCCUCACUAUAUAUAUUCGUCUCCUCCCCCAUCCGCUUCGUCCCUAUCGUUCCCAAUUGGCCUUGAGGAAGAUCUUAGGCGGCGAUCUCGCUUAGGUUGUUUUGAAUUCUGACUGAAGACAAAAUUACUUUGGACCUCUAACACCUAUCAAAGUGGAGGGUGUUAAGUGUAGAGCAACUUUUAUGUCUGCAAGGGACUCUCUCUUCUUGGGAUCAAUUGGUUUACUUGGAGAAUACUGUCCUACGUCCAGGAAAAAGUAUAUAUGCUCUUCAGAAAAAUCUGAUUAUUUGCAUCUUGAGCCUUUUCAAGAGACUUGUAUUCUAAACCAAGACUGCAAUUCAGAGCAAUUUUCCAUUGUAGUGACCUUUCAAUACGGCAUCGAGGAAACUAGAAAAUUAAUCACUACUUCAAUUGCCUGACAUUAGUGUGUAGACUGUCUUCAUUAGCGGAGAUGGCUUUGCAGAAUAUAGGCGCUUCAAACAGUGAUGAUGCCUUCUAUCGUUAUAAGAUGCCAAAGAUGAUAACCAAGAUAGAAGGUCGUGGAAAUGGUAUCAAGACCAAUGUUGUGAACAUGGUUGACAUUGCAAAGGCCUUGCACAGACCAGCCUCUUACACAACCAAGUAUUUUGGCUGUGAGCUUGGUGCCCAGUCGAAGUUUGAUGAGAAAACUGGCAUUUCACUUGUCAAUGGAGGUCAUGACACUGUCAAAUUAGCUGGCCUUUUGGAGAACUUCAUCAAGAAGUAUGUGCAGUGCUAUGGGUGUGGUAAUCCUGAAACUGACAUCACUAUCACAAAAACCCAGAUGAUCACCCUCAAAUGUGCUGCUUGUGGAUUUAUUUCUGAUGUUGACAUGAGAGAUAAACUCACAACUUUCAUUCUAAAAAAUCCUCCAGAACAGAAGAAGUCAAAAGAUAAGGCAAUGAGGCGUGCUGAGAAAGAGAGGCUCAAGGAAGGGGAAGCUGCAGAUGAACUGAAAAAGCUGAAGAAAGAAACCAAGAAGAAGGGCCUUGUAUCAUCCAAGGAUGGAGAAAACUCAAAACGUGCUGCUGCAUCUAAGAAGAAGGCUAAAGGCUCAGACGAAGAACAUUCUUCUCCUCCUGGUAGUCCAGUAAAUGACAAUGAGGAUGGUGAUGACGACGUCGAUGAUGAUGGCAUCCAGUGGCAAACCGAUACAUCUGCUGAAGCUGCUCGCCAGCGCAUCCAGGAACAACUUAGUGCUGCUACUGCAGAAAUGGUCAUGCUUUCCACUAGUGACGCGACUAGCAAGGGAACCAAGAAAUCAAAUCAAGAGAAGAAAAAUGAGGCUGCAAAAGUGGAUGCUGAAAUACUGGAGAAACCUAACACCCAUAACUCACUCAUUUCAGAAAUCAAAGGUAUGCUGAAGAAAGGGGCCAAAGCUAGUGAGCUUGGUCCCUUUCUUGGCUCUCUUACUGGUUCACAGCAAGAGAUAAUGGACGCACUCUUUGAAGCCCUGUUCGACGGUGUUGGUAAAGGCUUUGCAAAAGAGGUUGAUAAGAAGAAAAACUACCUUGUCGCUGCAAUGGAGGGCGAGGAAUCCCAGAUGUGUCUCCUGCGGGCUAUUGGGGCGUUCUGUGAGAAAUGCAGUGGGGAUGCAGUGAAGGAAGUUUCUCUGGUGGCGAAAUCCCUCUAUGAUGGAGAUGUAUUGGAGGAAGAGUGCAUAGUGAAGUGGUAUGAAGAAGGCAUCACUGGCAAAAAUAAGAGUUCCAUUGUUUGGAAGAACAUGAAGCCCUUGGUCGAGUGGCUCCAGAAUGCCGAAUCUGAAGAGGAGUAAGUCAUAAUCACCUGAAAACUUAUCAUGGCUAUGAUGCCGUCUUAAUAUCUACUUUCCCGUCUCUAUUUCAUGCAAUUGGUGUCUUAAAACUUGUUACUAUGUGAUUUGCAUUGUCAUGGGUCUGUCCUCGUGUUGGAUUGGUGACUUGCUUCUAGUGAUCUGUUUUACUGAAUUGUUGCUUUGAGGCAAUAUUAUGAUCAUUUUAGUUCUUGUUCA